CUUCUCUUCUCACAACCCCCCACUGUGUCCUUAAUCUUUUUCCAUGGCAAUGGCAUCUUCUCAUCACCAUCAUCAUCAUCAUCAUCAUCAUGUUCUGCUUCUCCUCCUCUUUGCUCUGCUUCUUUCAAGGGUUGAGUUCUCAACUUGCCAUCUACUCAAGGGCUCUAUCUCCUGCCUUGACUGCCAUAAUCGCCACCUCGAUCUCUCUGGCAUUAAAGUGGUGGUAAAGUGCAGCCAAGUGAAGAAGUUGGCCGUGGCAACCACCGGAAAAGACGGGACUUUUGAAAUGGAGCUUCCCUCAGACACUUCAACUCCAUCAUCUACUUCUUCUUCUGUCAAUUGCCUUGCCAAGAUCAUGGGUGGCCCAAGGCAGCUCUACACCUCAAGAAAGGACACGGUGGCUAGAACAGUUAAAGUCCCAGAUGAAUCUGAAUCUUACACCAUCUCCAAGCCUCUCAAGUUCUACGCUUCUUUGCCGCCUUCAUCCCAGAAUGACAAUGGAAAUUUCGGUUCGUCGAAGACUGUGGAUCUGCCUCUGCCACCAGAGUGGGGACUGGCUCCUUCUAGCUACUAUUUUCCUUUCUUCCCCAUCAUAGGAAUACCUUAAACUGUCUUGUACUAUAUAAAUAUGGUUUUUUAAGUUUUUAAUUAAAAACUCUUUUUGCUCUGGGUUUUGGUGAAGUUUGUGUGUUGAGCAAGGAGAGAGAAGGCGGAUCAUUCAUGGGUCUUGCCCUUAUAUAUAUCUAUAUAUAUAUAUAUAGAUUGUGGCUUUGUGUGCGUAGAAUUUGCUGAGUUCCAGCUAUAUAUAUAUGAUAUAUAGAUCUCGUUUAUUGUAGUAUUGGUUUGAAGGUAUACUAAGUUAAAUAUGUCUUGUUUGGAGUAAAAGACUUGUAGCUCUUGACAUGUAAUAUAUAUAUAUAUAUAUGUCCCUUGUAUUGAAUCUA